ACAAAAUAACGGCUGCUUGAAAGGGAGGCCCCGCUUUAAUUACGAUAUAAUGCGUGUCGGUCGAGUUCCCCCCUUGAAAGAAUGAUACGCGCGACUCGCGACGAGCAACACCUCGCUUUCAUCAGAUCGCUUAAUAUGGAAGUCGCUCAAGGAAGUUUCAUUCCAGUUCAAUUCACACCCUGAGGGACGAUAUGACGUUGAACGUCUACAAGAAACGUGCCAGGCAGGCUUUUGAUCACGCUGACGCGGAAGCCAGUGGAUCGCUCACUAAACACCAAUAUAAGAUCGCAAUGACCGUUGUUUUUGGAUACUGCCCGGAUAAAAUAGAAGUAAAACAUAUUUUCCGAUCUAAGGAUAAAAUUUUUUAUGAAGAAUUUGAACACUGGGUACUUGAAAAGUGUUUUGCAAAUGAUGAACAUGUGAAUUUGGAAAUAUUAUUUUCUCUACUGGAUAAGGAUUAUAAAGGAUACUUGAUAAUAGAUGAUUUCUGUUUGGCAAGCACAUCUGUCGAUUUAAAUAUUUCACCCUUGGUUUGGAGAACAGUAUUCAAGGAAUUGGAUCGUAACAAAAAAGGAUAUCUCGACUUUGAUGAAUUCUCGCGUGUAUUUCCAUCGAUAAAAACUUACAACGAGGUAGUUUAA